GUUACGUCAACCUCAGAGAUAUCUUCGUAGGAUUCAGAAACUAAAAUAGUUAAACGAGUGGAAUAAUGACGUCCGAAAUGACGGGAUUCCGUCAUUUAUUUAAACAACGAGGUUUCAGGUUUGGAAACGAAGUGGAAGGGCGGAUUUUAAGGGCGACAAGACAAGACGAGAAUCGAAGGACCCAGAGAGCCGAAUGCUUUUCUAGACACAGACAUUUAGUUUCCGGAACUUUAGAAGAUGAGAAUAAACCUCCGACAGAAGACAAGAAAAGUAAAUUAUCCAAAUGGAAGGCAGAGAGGGAGUUGCGACGAAAGCUGGAGCAAAUUAAAAAGAAGCCUGCCUUCAAAGUCGGUGUCGUACAUCAUAAGUAUUAUUCUCCACCUGUGCCAUCAAAGACUAAGAGACAUAAAGAAGGUUUAAUAUCGCCUAGACCGCAGAAAAUUAGUCCACCUAGGAGGAUAACCAGGGCAACUGAAAAACGUUUAGCCGCUAAGCUAGCAAAAGCUCGGACACAAAAUGUACAAAGAAUCAAGAGUCCAGUUAUCGCUGUCGAAACUAAGACAAGAAAUCAGUCAUUCGCACCUCCUAAUCAUCAGUUCAAGGCACCUGCUGGGUUGACCGCUAUUCCACUUUUUGGGAAGGUUCGCAUGCCCUCGUUCGUCGAUACACCAAGAGCCCUGGAAAUACAAACGCCGAAUACUGAACACAAAUCUAAAAUCUUUGAAUUGAGCACUAAUGAAAGAAGAACCACUAAAUCCCCGUUUGCAAAGAUUGCCGUAGUCUCACCUAUGCUCAAAAGUAAACACGAAAGCAUGGAAGAAAAAGAGAAUGUGUUGGCAAAGAAGAAUGUUGCAAUUAUGAACUUUCAGCAGGAAAAGAUAAGCUCUUCUUCUACUUCAUCAUUUGAGGCUGCUCUUGCUCUCAAUGAGUCUAUGGAAAAAUUUUUGAUAGCGUUAAAAACACAGCGUACAACUGAUGAAUUAACGGAGAGGCCUUUGGGGAUACAAAAUGACGAAGAAGAUGAAUUGUCGACUGUCAGGACUUUAAGAACCAGAACUAUUACGGCAAAGUCAACACCGAAGUCUAACAGAAGAAGCAGACAAAUGAAGGAUAAUUCUUAUGAAAAAGAAGGGCAGGGUGAGGCAGAAGAAGCCAGUUCUCCAAGGAUGACUAGGUCUCGCAAGACCAAAGCGAAGGAAGCGCAAGACAGCCCAACUACUCCACCACAGACUCCGAAACUAAGACGAUCGAUGCGAAAAAGCGUUACAUUCUCUGGUAUAAGCUGCACUGCUUGCGUGGAACCAAGAAUCAAACUGCCAGUUACACCCCAUGUUCGCCGUUCUCAAAAGAAAAGAUCCAGCCGGAUAAGUUUCUUUGCGACUACCGAAGAAGAUGUUAUCCCUUUCAAGACCGGAGACCUUAUUUCCUUUGACUCUUUGUGAUAAAGAAUUUAAUGUAUUAAAAUGCUUACA